GUUUUUAUUCUGGCACAACACGGAAGUAUGGCGUCCCAUAGCUUAGUGCAAGACCAUGCUCAAAGAAGAUUGCAAGUAAUUUCUGGUCAUUUGCAAAAAGUAGGAGUUUCAGAUCAACAUGUACUUUCCAUUAACCAGUGCAGAGGGGAACCUGCUUUUCCUGAUGACAACAGGACUGACACUGUCCCAAAGCAUAGGCAAGAAGUUCUAAAGUGGAAUGGCUGGGGUUAUAAUGACUCCAAGUUUAUGUUCAACAAGAAAGGACAAGCAGAGUUUACUGGCAAAAGGUAUCGGUUGAGUGGUAUGGUUUUGCCAACUUUGAGGGAAUGGAUGGAAAAAACCUUUGGAGCAAGUUUAGAUCACAAAAGUGUAUCCAGACCUUCCUUAAACACUAGUGAUAUCCCUCCACCAGUUCUAAAUGAAGGGUUUCUUCAAAGCAUUAAAGCCACUGAUAUUCCUUUCUCCCAUGAUGCAGAAGACAGACUGUUUAGAGCUCAUGGGCAUUGUUUACAUGAGAUAUUUACACUCCGGGAAGGCAGGUUUGACCGAAUUCCAGAUUUAGUUGUGUGGCCACAUUGCCAUGAUGAUGUGGUAAAGAUUGUGGAGCUGGCCUGCAAACAUGACACCUGCCUUAUACCCUUUGGUGGAGGUACUAGUGUCUCUAAUGCUUUGGAGUGCCCUGCAGAUGAGACGAGAACCAUUGUUUCCUUGGAUACUUCUCAGAUGAAUCGAAUAUUGUGGAUUGAUGAAAAGAAUCUAACUGCUCAUGUGGAGGCUGGCAUUAAUGGGCAAAAUUUGGAAAAACAGCUUGCAGAGAGCGGGUACUGCACAGGUCAUGAACCAGAUUCCAUGGAGUUCAGCACGUUAGGAGGUUGGGUGGCCACCCGAGCGUCUGGCAUGAAAAAGAAUGUCUAUGGAAACAUUGAAGAUUUGGUUGUUCACAUGAGAGCGGUAACACCAAGGGGUGUGGUCGAGAAAAGCUGUCAAGGCCCACGUAUGUCUACUGGCCCAGAUAUUCACCAUUUCAUCAUGGGAUCUGAAGGAACUCUUGGAGUUGUUACAGAAAUUACAAUAAAAAUAAGACCUGUCCCUGAAUAUCAGAAGUAUGGCUCGGUAGUGUUUUCUUCCUUUGAACAGGGAGUUGCUUGUUUAAGAGAAGUAGCUCGGCAGAGAUGUGCACCUGCAUCAAUUCGCCUCAUGGACAAUGAACAGUUCCAGUUUGGACAUGCAUUGAAACCUCAAGUGGCCUCCAUUUUUACAUCGUUUUUGGAUGGCUUGAAAAAAUUUUAUAUUACAAAGUUUAAAGGAUUUGAUCCCAAUCGGCUGUGUGUGGCAACAUUGCUAUUUGAAGGCGAUAGAGAAAAAGUGCUUCACCAUGAAAAACAAGUCUAUGAUAUUGCAUCAAAAUUUGGAGGUCUGGCGGCUGGAGAAGAUAACGGUCAGAGAGGCUACAUGCUGACAUUUGUCAUUGCUUACCUUCGGGACCUGGGUUUGGAUUAUUAUGUAAUUGGAGAAUCAUUUGAAACUUCGGUUCCCUGGGACAGGGUGCUUGAUCUUUGUCGGAAUGUUAAGGAGAGACUACUACGAGAAUGCAAAGAGCGAGGGGUCCAGUUUCCUCCUCUUUCCACAUGCAGAGUAACACAGACUUAUGAUUCUGGUGCCUGUGUAUAUUUCUACUUCGCUUUCAACUACAGAGGUAUUGGUGAUCCGAUUCUUGUCUACGAUCAGAUUGAGGCUGCAGCAAGAGAAGAAAUUCUUGCCAAUGGAGGUAGUCUGUCACACCAUCAUGGAGUGGGGAAGUUGCGGAAACGCUGGUUGAGGGAGUGCAUCUCAGAUACUGGAAUCGGUAUGCUGAAGUCCGUCAAGGAGUAUGUAGACCCCAACAACAUCUUUGGGAACAGAAACCUUUUGUAGAUCUAACCAGACUUUCUUUUCUGCUUUGAAAAGACCUGGAAUGUUGUGUUUUUGAAUACUGCUGUAUAUGGUUACCCUAUUCACAAUGCACUUAAUAGCUCAUCAAUAGCAGAAAGCUGUUGGCAAUGUUCUUGUCAAAAGCAUUAAGUAAGCCAUGUCUGUUUUAGUUCUCGUCAAGCUUGAAGGCAAAUCUCUGACACUCAGUAUUGUAAAAAUGCAGUGCUAGAGGUGAGGUGUUUUUACAUUUUUAGGGGAGUGGGGAGAAAGUUAAAUAGUAACCCAGAUGUUAAUGAAGCCAAUUUGCAGAUUUUGUUCCACCCCGUGUUUUACUUCUCUGCUGAUUGGCUGAAACUGAUGGUGCACACAGAUCGUGAUAGUAGAAGGUCAUGAAUUUAUUUAGUAAAAUUCAGACUUUGUAUGAAAAAACAGAAAUAACAUUUACCUGUCUUGUACACAAGUUCACUGUAUGCAACAUUUAGUGGAAUUUAUUUUGGCAGAAGAUUCCCUUAACAUUUCUCGAUUGUAAAACAUUCUAUAAUGCUAAAGAUAAUUGUGUAAUAAUUACAUGGGUGUUUGAAAUUUUGAUUAAAACAUACUUAUUCAAAAUUAUGAGCAGUAAUUUAAGGGGUAUGUCCAUUACCCUACUCAGAGAACCUCACCAAUUACUUCUGUAAACAUUUAGCAUUUUUUUACAGAACCAUUAACAGUUGUUUGUGAAGAAGUGGUAUGUAACAUAAACAUAGAGCAUUUUGUUGUAUUUUAGUUCAUCUGAAAUUUCCAUACCUUCAGUUGCUCAGCUGCAAGAUGGUUUGAAAUCAAAUUUACAUAAAAAUCCACAUGGCUGUUUUAUUUUUACAGAACUGGGCUUUUGUAUGUGGGGGGAGAGAAUACAUAUUUCAUUUAUUUUUCUAGGUUUAUGCAGGUUUUGUUAUUCCUGAAAAAAGCAUUUCAUGCUCUUUGCUCCAGCUGGUAUUACAUUACCUAGCUGUAAGUAUAUCUGUUUCAUUUUUCUAUUGUGGUUUUCCUUACAUAUAUCUGAACAGAACGUAAUUUGUACUUUAAAACUGAGGUAUUUAAUGUUUAUCUCCAGUCCCCCUAAGUGCUUCUUUGCUGUCCAGUAUGGAUCACAACAUAUAGUUGUAUGCCCUGUCAUUGUAUUGCUUUGAUAACUGAGGACUAACUCCCAUAUAUGCAUCUGUUUACCAUGAUUAAAAUAAGAAAACAUGUGCACUGCAUAUCAGCUGAUCUGAAUUGUAUUAACAAGAAUGCCAGGUACUGGUCUGUAGAACGGGUAUGAUUUAAUUGUGAGAACCAUGUAAUGCAGAUACAUGUAUAGACUUUAGCAGUAUGCAGGAAGAAGAUAUUUUUCUCCCAACAUACAAAACCAAAGAGCUGUAUUUUCUUCUCAUUCUUUUCCCGUAUUGCUUUAAAAUAGGUAGAAAAUGGAAGUAUAGAUCAGCAUUUAGAAAACUGAAGGAAAUAAACUUUUAAAUGACUUUGUUGUUCUGCUGUGUAUUGUAAUAUAAGCAUUUUACUCAACAGUGCCAUGUAAAUCUUUAUGUAAUAGUUUGUACAGCUUGUGAGCACAGUGCUAACAAAGCUGGAAAUGUACAGAUAUUUCCUGCAGUCUUUGUAUGAAGAGUGGAUAAUUUAAUUGAGCACUUAUUUUUUUCAUGUAGGUCAAAGUAAUUGUUUUGUGGCUGAUCUGACAACUUUAACAUGAUGGACGCAGUAGAUCUUUACAGUAAACCUUCAUACCAUGUGUAUUUUUGCCAUUGUUUGUAACUGUUAAUGAGAAUACUGUUUCUAAGAAGUUGAUGUAUUAAUAUACAUAUGCUGUCAUCUAAACCAACCAGUUGAAAAUAAACUCAGAUUAACAUGACUAUAUAUUUUUUAUUGUACAUUAGGUCUUUGUUAACAUGGACUUUAAUUUGGCCUAUUAUAAAAGAAGGAUAAUUAAGCUACUAUAAAGCAGAAAUGGCAUUGUAAGAAUUAUUUUUACUACCACUGUUUUAAGAGUAGAUACUGUAUCUUAGAACAAUAAAAAAGUUUCAAAAAUGUAAA